AUGGAGGCGCCCUCGGUGCCGGCCGCCUCCACGUCGGGCGCGGCGGGGCGCGGGCCCAUCAAGGGCAUCCUGAAGAAGGGCGGCGGCGCGCUCUCGGCGGGCGGCCCCGGGGCGCGGCGGCCCAGCCCGGCCCGCGACGAGGACGAGCACGGUAAAAAAUCCCAGAAGUGGGAUGAAAUGAACAUCAUAGCUACGUACCAUCCAGCAGGCAAAGAUUAUGGCUUGAUGAAAAUAGAUGAGCCAAGUACUCCRUAUCACAGCAUGGUAGGAGAAGAUGAUGAGGAUGCAGUGAGUGAUACAGAAUCAAAUGAGCCCUUAAAAGCAGAUGUGUUGAGUAAAAAACUAGCAGCUGCAGCUGAAGGUAAGGGACCUAAGAUCCUAGCAAGGCAGGAGGAAAGCAGUGAGGAAGAGGAUGAGGAUGAAGAAUUAACACCUGAGGAACGAGAAAAGAAGAAACAGUUYGAAAUGAAGAGAAAGAUGCACUACAAUGAAGGGCGAAAUAUCAAGCUGGCAAGGCAGCUCAUUGCAAAAGAACUGCAUGGUGAGGAUGAUGAGGAUGAGGAYGAAGAGAUGCGUGAUGAUGCAGAUGUAGAAACAAUGAAUACGGAAGCAACUGAACAUGACUGAGAUUUCUUGCUGGUUGAGAUGAAGAUGGCCAGUCCAGCCAGUAACGCCGUGGUCGACAUCAUCAGAAAGGUGAUGCAAGAAGGCCAGGAGCAUUCACAGAUCUGAUCUGCUUGCCAGCUGCACUAUUCACUUGCCAAACUGGACAUGUGACUAAGUCUAACUCAUGCCCGAGCUUGACUGGCCUUUUCUUGGAAAGGAAGAUCAUCUGAACUUGGCUUUUUCUGGUCUUUGCUUUACACCCCCUGAAUAUUUUUCUCUUCUAAAGCAGAACUAGAGUUGGCUUUUUCAUAACAAAAGCUUUGAACCUUCUCUUUAUUGCCUUCUGCCCUGCACUAUUUGAGAUUCUUGGUCCAAAACUGUGACUUUAGUAAUUUCUUGAACAACACAACAAACCACUCCAUUYAUUGUUUUAUUUUUGUUUGAAGUAUUUCAUCCAGAAUUGAAAUUUGACCUGAGGAACCUGCAUUUCAGGAACGUUAUGUGCUAGGGCCGCCUGUUAGUAUCUCUACCCGUGGGGCUCCCCAGUCCGGGGUGGGCAGCAGCGGUGCCGCUGCGGUGCGCAGGACAGGCCCAGCACUGACCACCUCUUUGUAGUGGCUGUUUUGGAGCUUUCUCCACCUGUGAACAAAAUGCAUAUGCAGGCUGUGAAAAUGGGACGUACCUCGGAGAAGCAAGCGUUACUGUGGAGAAACAGAGAUGACUUCAGAUUUCWUUUAUUUAUUUAUUUUUGUUUUUUCCUAAUCGAUGGGCAUGAAUAGUUAUCUGUUCUUGUGAUCUUUCUCACGCAGCACAUGCUACUAGUGACCAGCUGGGAAGUAGAGCACACAGCAUAGAAGAAAUCUGUCCUGAACUGUAACUGCUUGUCAAAGACAAAUAUAAACACUGCUUCAUGAUUUUUGCAAUUAUGGCUCUUAAAUAUCAAGAAGCAUAUCAGUUACAAUGUUGUAUUGCCAAGAAUGUUAAUUUUAGACUUGUCCAUUAGGCGGAAAAAAAAAUCUGUCUAAUUGAUUUAUUCUUGUGCCUAGUAUUUCAUGGAGAAUACUGCUUCAUAAUCUGUUUGACCAGAAUGGCAUUCCCUGUAUGUGUAAUGCUGAUUAUCUUGCGUCCUGUACUGUUCCUCUUCACGCUUGGAAACACAGACAGUAUCUUUGUGUGUUUUCACUAUUUAUUUGACAGUGCUCUAGGUGCGGUGUCUCCUAAGAAAGGGUUUGCARUUCAAGAGCCAAACGGUACAGCAUACAUUGGGCUGACAUGCAAGAUAUUUAUCAGAUGUGUUAAGCAGUUUAAAAAGGGAUUAUUUAAGUUUUACAACUUUUUUUUUGUAGAAUUUUGACCUGUUAAUCUAGAUUUCAGUAGGUUAUUACCUGUAUUUUCCCAGUCUCUAGAAGAAGAGUUUUAUUAUUUUUAUGAGCUGUGUUUGGAAUCAGUUAUAGUUUCUGACUAAGGCAGUACUAACUUCUGGUGGAAGGAUGUUUUUACACUGGAAAUGCGCUCACUUGAACCUUGCAUUUAACUGUCAUCUGUCUUUUCCAUUGGGCCUGGCUUGUUUUAGAGCUCUCUUGGUUUAUCUUGAGCGUAUGGAAGUUCCCGCCAACUUUUCUUUCUCCAGCCCCAUCAAGCCUCACUCUUUUUGCUCUCAUCUCAAACUUUUGGACUUUGCCAGUUGCAUGAAGAGUAAAUAUUCACCUGCAGUGUUCACCCUUUAGGAGGAAAUCCACAUGGGKACUACAGAGAUGGAUUUAGGCUCUGCUUGCUCUCUAGAAAGAUAACUGCUGAUGGUCUCCUACCCUCUUGGGAUUUGUACCCGCUAUACUGAAAACCACUGGUCUAAAUCUUUCUGGAUCUAAUGUAACUUGCAGCAGCUGCUUUUGCAAAUGAAGGCUGUUUGGAAGGACAGAAGGCUGCCUAAUUCAAAUGCUGUUUACAAUGUAGUUGGAUAGCCCCUGUAAAGAGGGAUUUUUUUUUUGAACCUCCAAAUUACUGUAAACAACUUCCCACUCAAUGGAUUUUGACUGGUGAAUGUUAUAGUAUUCAAAAUAGU